AUGCACCGGUCUGUCAAUCUGCUCGUGAUCGCGGUUUUCCUGCUUCUAAAUUCCAGUGACGUGGUCCCGAUCUCCACUUCGACGGAGGUCUCGUCCUUUCGCUCUGCUGGUGCCGAUGCUCGCAAAGAGUCCCGAACACUGCGGGCGCUGAAUUCGGCUGGCUUCUCUCAGGCGUCGGAGUCUUUCGCCACGAAAUUGAAGACAUUCAUACCGGGUUCAGCUCAACACGCUGCAGCAAAACGGGCGAAAGCCCAACAGAUAGCAACAGCACGAAUGGCAGCAAGCAAGGCGAAAUUUGAGAACGAUGUUCUGAGUGCACAGUCGGCGCUGCUGAGCUUGGGUCUAGAGGGGCAUGGCGACAAGUUUGACUCAGCAAUAAGAAAUGUCAUUUCCGGAGGCAUGAUUCCCGGCACGAUGAAGGCACGCGACAAAGAAUUCCUAUCUGGUGUUGCUGCUGCGCAUUAUCGGAACGAACCCAAGGUGUUUAGGGAGCUGCUCGAGUUAGCAACUACCUUCAGUGAUGCCCAAGUGAAAAAUGGAGUUGCUAAAUUGGUCAAAGAUUAUAAUGCUUACUACACAAAAAAGAUAGCAAAGUUGGUACUAGAGAAGCUGACGAAAAGGCCUAUUUAG